AUGUGCUCGGGGUCGGGAACGGCGGAGAUAGCACGAGCAGUUGUUCAAAACGUGGUGAAUGCCAGUGGAAUACUCCCGAUGAACAUGUCCGUGGAAACUGUUGCAAUGUGGGAGAGGAACUGCAAUUGCCAUCAGCUGCUCCGGGACACAGAUGUGUGGUGCAGUCAGGCCACAGGCAUGUUCAGCGACGCCUGCCUGUUCGGAAACAUCCUUGAUUUCAACGGGCACAUGGACCAAGAGUCUCUGGCACAGCAGAGCUACGGGCUGAAGAAAAGGAAGAUCUUUUCCUGUGGAGCCCAACAGGAGCUUUAUUGUGCAGCACACGGUCGUCUCUGUCCCGUUCCUGUUCGAGUGGAUGUUGGGGUUUCGGGGCUGCCCUGCACAGACAUGAGCUGCCUCGGCAAAAAGAUGAAACGCGAUGGGCCCACCGCCAGCAUCUACAUGACCCAUGCAAAAUUUUGCAAGCGGUCUCGAGUCCGUCUGCCAAUUCUAGAAUGCACACCUGAUCUGGAUAUGGGGAUGGUCGAAGAAUGCCACGGCCCAGAGUACGAGUGGCACCAGCUCUUCCUUGGACCGGGCGAUUGUGGACAUGCAGCUGUGUCACGUCCCCGGACCUAUGUGAUCGGCUGCCGAACGCAGGAUUGCCAGGCAAUCCAUGAUGUCGCCGAGCUAGCCGACAGAAUCACGGAGCAGUUGCGCUGGACCGAGACCGUUGUCUCAGACUACCUGCUCGCUACGCCGACAGAAGUGGCUUUGGAAGCUCAUGCUUUAGCUCGGAAGAGACAGGUGCGCUAUGAACAAACGGAUGACUUGCACUAUUUGCUCAGUGAGAACGAGAAAAAGAGACUGGCGAGGUACCUUGACAUCUACGAGAUGAAGUUUGGCCGGUGCGGUCUGGAGGACCCGAAUCUUGUGGUGUUUUUGGGUGACGAUCCUAGUUGGACUCUUUCCUGGAGUGCUACUUCUGGCCGCGUCCCGUGCUUCCGAGUGAAUGCACGGUCCAAUUUGUUUUGGCUUCCAAAGUUUCAUAGAUUCUUGACAAACAAAGAGAAAUUAGCCAUGCUGGGUUGGCCAGUGCACCCUGUCCUGGCAGAAGCCAUGAGGGUCCCUGUAAUGCCAAGCACUGAUAUUGCACGUGCUGCCGAGUUGGCAGGAAAUGCUAUGCACCUGCACAGUGUGGGCUUAGCACAGAUGCUGGGUCUGGCGUGCUUUGGACCUGUGUAG